UGCAGAGCAGAGCGCAACUGGGGAACUUGGAAUCUCACUAAAUCUCACAGCAAAUCCCUUUAGCAUGGCUUGACUGAUCUCUGCGGGAAGUUUCAGGAAAUGCAACAGGUGGAAGAGCCGACGGAAUGAACUGUGUAUUGCCCUCUCGUUAGCGUCCCAGGCUAGCUGAAGGUGCCUGUGGGUGUCGGACAGGGAAACAACUGCGCAGUCUUUCACACGGUCAGGUGGCACCAUGGAUGACAACAGCCUCAAUGACUCCAAUGUAAAGGUCGCUGUUCGUGUGCGACCAAUGAACAGGAGAGAAAAAGACAUAAAGACAAAAUGUGUGGUGGAGAUGGAGGGGAACCAGACAGUUUUGCAUCCAGCCAUCACAAACAUGAACAAAGGAGACCCCCGGAAUCAGCCAAAGGUUUUUGCCUAUGACUACUGCUUCUGGUCAAUGGAUGAAUCUCAAAAAGACAAGUUUGCAGGUCAGGAUGUAGUGUUCCAGUGCCUUGGGGAGAGUCUGCUGGACAAUGCCUUCAUGGGCUACAAUGCCUGCAUCUUUGCUUAUGGACAGACAGGCUCUGGGAAGUCAUACACAAUGAUGGGCUCAGCGGAGCAGCCUGGUCUAAUCCCUCGGCUCUGCAGCUCCCUGUUCAGCAGGACCCUGCAGGAGGCCCGAGAGGGAGAGAGCUUCACUGUGGAGGUCUCCUACAUGGAGAUUUACAACGAGAAGGUUCGAGACCUGCUCGACCCCAAAGGAAGUCGACAAGCGCUGAGAGUGAGAGAGCACAACGUUUUUGGGCCUUACGUUGACGGCCUGUCUCGCCUGGCUGUGGCCAGCUACAAGGACAUAGAAUCUCUGAUGUCAGAGGGAAAUAAAUCUCGCACAGUGGCAGCCACAAAUAUGAAUGAAGAGAGCAGCAGAUCCCACGCUGUGUUCAACAUCAUCCUCACACACACACUCAUGGACCUAAAGUCUGGGACGAGUGGAGAGAAGGUGAGCAAGCUGAGUCUGGUGGAUCUGGCUGGCAGCGAGCGGGCAGCGAAGACUGGAGCAGCGGGGGAGAGGCUGAAAGAAGGGAGCAACAUCAAUAAGUCUCUCAGUACUCUGGGUUUAGUUAUCUCGGCCUUGGCUGACCAAGGAGCAGGGAAGAACAAGAGCAAGUUUGUUCCCUACAGAGACUCUGUGCUCACCUGGCUGCUCAAGGACAGCCUGGGAGGGAACAGCCGCACGGCCAUGGUCGCCAACAUCAGCCCUGCUGCAGACAACUAUGACGAGACGCUGUCCACCCUGCGUUACGCCGACAGGGCCAAGAGCAUCGUCAACCACGCCGUGGUCAACGAAGAUCCCAACGCCAGGAUCAUCCGAGAACUCAGAGAGGAAGUGGAGAAACUGAGGGAGCAGCUCACCGAGGCUGAGUCUAUGAAGGCCCCCGAGCUGAAGGAGCGGCUGGAGGAGUCUGAGAAAUUGAUCCAAGAAAUGACUGUCACCUGGGAGGAUAAACUCAGGAAUACUGAGGCUAUUGCAUUGGAGCGUCAGAGGCAGCUGGAGAGUCUGGGCAUUUCCCUGCAGUCUUCUGGAAUCAGAGUGGUGGAUGACAAGUGUUUCCUGGUCAACCUUAAUGCUGACCCUGCCCUCAACGAGCUGCUGGUCUACUACCUUAAGGAGCACACGCGUGUGGGCUCAGCCAACUCGCAGGACAUCCAGCUGUGUGGGAUGGCCAUCCAAGCUGAGCACUGCGUCAUUGACAUCACCGAGAACAACGGCGUGGUGCUCAGUCCUCACCGCAGUGCUCGAACAUGUGUGAAUGGUGCUGCAGUCAUCAGUCCAGUCCAACUUCAACACGGUGACCGAAUCCUUUGGGGAAACAACCACUUCUUCAGGAUCAGCCUGCCGAAGCAUAUGGUCCACACAGGAGGUGAGGAUGAGGAGGGCCGUGCUGCCAUGAAGACGUGUUUGAGCACCGACCGGCUGGAGGUGGACUUUGAUGCGUCCAGCGACGUGUCGAGCGAGCUGAGCUUCGGCUAUGAGUUUGCCCAGGCUGAAGUCAUGAUGAAAGGCAUGGGCAACAACGACCCUUUGCAGUCGGUGUUACAGACCCUGGAGAGGCAGCACGAGGAGGAGAAGCGCUGCGCCCUGGAGCGGCAGAGGCAGAUGUAUGAACAGGAGCUGCAGCAGCUCCGCCAACGGCUUACUCCUGAGAAACCCUCCCACCUCCUGGACCCGACAGGCCUGCUGCCCAGCGCAGCUGGUGCUACGUCACCCAGCUCCCAGAAACGCAUGCGGCGCUGGAGCGAGGACAGAGAAGCAAUGAUGACUCGCAGCCUGCGGCGUCUGAGGGAGCAGAUAGUUCGGGCCAACCUGCUGGCACAGGAGGCUGGCUUCAUAGCCGAGGAGCUUAACAAGAGGACAGAGUACCUGGUCACUCUGCAGAUACCUGCUGCCAACCUGGAUGCCAACAGAAAGCGUGAUGUAGUAUUGAGCGAGCCGGCCAUCCAGGUUCGCCGCAAAAGUAAAGGGAAGCAGAUCUGGGCUCUGGAAAAGAUGGAGAACAGGCUGGUGGACAUGAGGGAGCUCUACCAGGAGUGGAAGGACUUUGAUGAAGACAACCCUGUGAUGCGGUCCUAUUUCAAACGUGCCGACCCGUUCUUUGAUGAACAGGAGAACCACAGUCUGAUCGGUGUGGCCAACGUUUUCCUGGCCUGCCUGUUCUACGAUGUCAAGCUGCAAUAUGCAGUGCCCAUCAUCAACCAGAAGGGAGAGGUGGCAGGUCGGCUACAUGUGGAGGUGUGGCGGGGUACGGAGGGCUCUGAGGAGGAAGGUCCAGGACAGUUUACUCAGCAGAGCAACACAGGCAGAGAUCCGCAGGAGCGCAAGCUGAACUGUGUGGUGAAAAUCCUCCAGGCCAAUGGUCUGCCUCGCCACCUGUCCAACUUUGUCUUCUGUCAGUACCACUUCUGGGGGCUGGAGGAGCCGGUGUUCAUCGCUCCAGAGGUGGCACCAUCCAGCUCGUCCUCCGCCUCCAGAGACCCUCAGUGCACUGUGGUCUUUGACAGCGCCAAGGAGUUGUCUGUGCCAGUGUCGGAGGAGUUUGUGGAAUUUUUGGCUGAGGGGGCGGUGGCCAUUGAAGUGUACGGCCACAAGCAGGCCAACCAUCGCAGGAACCUGGCCCUGUGGGACCUUGGAGUGAUUCAAGCCAAGACCCGAUCCCUCAGAGAAAGGUGGAGUGAGGUGACCCGCCAGCUGGAGUUGUGGGUGCAGUUGAUGGAGCUGAACGAGGCAGGAGAGUUCACAGCUGUAGAGGUUCUUCCUGCUAAAGACGUACGCACAGGAGGAAUCUUCCAGCUCCGACAGGGUCAGUCCCGUCGGGUCCAGGUGGAGGUGCGUUCAGUACCAGACUCAGGCACCAUGCCCCUCAUCGCCGCCUCCAUCCUCUCAGUGUCCAUUGGAGAUGUCAAGGUCCAACAGACGCGUCCCUCCAGAGGCAGCGAAUCACAAUGGGGUGGGGAUGAAGAAAUGGACAGCUACCAAGAGGUAGACCUGGAGAGGUUGAGGGAACAGUGGCUGGUCACACUCACUCAGAGACAGGAGUAUCUGGACCAGCAUCUACAGAAGAUAGUUUGCAAACCAGAUAAGUCAGAGGACGAUGUUGAAAGGGAGUCCCAGCUGCUGGAGUGCCGUCUGACACUCACCGAAGAACGCAAUGCCGUUCUGGUGCCGUCGGCUGGCAGCGGCAUCCCUGGAGCUCCGGUGGAGAGGGUUCCUGUCCCUGGAAUGGAAACGCACAUUCCUGUCCUUUUCCUGGAUCUCAGUGCUGAUGAUUUCCAGUCCAGUCUUUCAGCCCCAUUGGCUGGAGGGCUGGAUGCCUUACUCAGUGGGGAGGAUGGUGACGACUUCUUUGACCUUCAUAUUGUUAGACACUACGAUCCAGCGGUGAAGGUGGAGGCUUCCUGGGACUCGACGGUCCAUGAGUGCCCCCAGCUGAGUUGCGUGACGUCGGCUGACCAGAGGGUCUACCUGACGGUCAGCACGGUGGUUCAGCUGAGCCACCCGGCCCACAUGCAGCUGAUACUCAGAAAACGCAUCUGCGUCAACGUCAACAGGAGACAGGGUUUUGCUCAGAGCCUGCUGAAGAGGAUGUCUCAGCGCAGCACCAUCCCGGGCUGUGGAGUCACCUUUGAAAUCGUUUCUAACAUCCCAGGGGACAUCCAUGGUCCAGAGGACAGGGAGAUGUUGGCCAGGUUGGCUGCCAGCACUAAAGACGACCAGUCAGCUGACAGUGAGGCGGCCAUAGAGAAAUACCUCCGCAGCGUCCUGGCUGUGGAGAACAUCCUCACUCUGGACAGACUCAGACAGGAGGUGGCUGUGAGGGAACAGCUGGCAGUCAGAGGGAAAGCUCCCGGACGCUGCCUGAGCUCUUCAAGCGUCAACCGGCUGUCAUCCAGCAGUCUGGAUCUCUACUCAUCCACUCAUAAGCUCAAUGACUUCAAGGGCUGGGAGAGCCACCAGAACCUUUCUGUGGCGCCUCCUUCGUCUAGACGCACCCUGCCCAGCUCCAUAUCCCAGAACCUGAACCCAGAGACAGUGCAUUCAGGCUUUGCUGCGUCUUAUCUCCCUCCAGUGAAGGCCGUACCCAAGCUGCUGAAGUCACUGCUUCCUGGUGGGAAGGAAGAUAGUAGAGACCAGACAGCUGUCCAUCAGCAGGUUUACUGUCCUGAGCCAGAGAGGGAUAGGAUAGAUGUGUUUGACCUGCUCUCUGAUGGUAGACAUAUUGUCCAUAGUUUGCCUCGCAUCAUGGUGCAGUCAGCCAGUGUUGAAGAGGGCAUGAGCAAACAUCAGCAGCCAGUUCUCAUUGAGGAAAUCAUUCCUCCUGACCUCCAAACAGAGAGCCCCAGAUCCGUGCCCCUCCCACCGCCAAUCAUCCCAGAGACAGAAGACUCCACCCCCAGCCCGGUGAGCGAAGCAUCAAGCGGAUACAUUUCGACUAGCAUAUCUACAGCUACUCUGUCAGACGUCUACACACUGAGCUGGGACCUGCCUCCAUUAUCUGGCAGCAGAGGCGACAGCUUUGAGGCAGUGCCAGAUGAAGAGGAAGAGGACAAUAAAGUGACACAAUCUGACACUUAUCCUGAAGCUUUUCUUGUGGACCAAUCAGAGCCUCAGGAGUCAUUGCUGGUUUUGGACAAUAACGCAGCUGAAGAAAGGACUGACUCGCCACCAUCCAAACUUGACUAUACUCCAUCAGAUUCAAACCUGAGUCAGCAAGAACCAAAUCAGUCUCCAUCAGUCCAGUUGAAGGAGCAAGGAGAGCCCGAUUCAGUUGCAGAAUCAGACUUGCCAUGCCAGACCAAACAAAAGCAAGACUCAACAAUUGACCAUAUUGGAUCAGAACAAUUAGACAGUUCGGAGCCACUUAAAGAUUCAUUGUUAGUACAAGAGAAUGGAAUCAAACAGACAGAAUUUUCAGAAACAGACCACUCAAAACCAGAAACCCGACUGACAGAAGAACUCAAGCUAGCUGCCACAGACAAGACAGAAGCUGAACUUUCACUCCACUACGAAACACAGUGGCCUGAACAAGGUCAAAGUCAGUCUGAAACAGUCGUCCCACAGCCACAGCAGCCCAAACAAGACCAAAUAACCUUCGACAGUGCUCAAGAUCCAGCUCCAGACCUGAUCUCAGUUGUGUCUGAAGUCUUGCUUCCAGCUCCCGCCCCAUCUGGAGAUCUGGUUCUUCUAGUUUCAUCCGAGGAACAAACCACUUCUGAGGACUCAAACCCAAAUGGCACCUCCAUCCCAACUUUAUCCUCAACCACAGAUGAAGUCCAAGAAGAAGCACCUGCAUUUACAAAAGCCACCACACCACCAGCUCCUUCUCUGUCCAGUGUUCAGCCUUCCAAACCUGACACCUCAGUAGCAAACCCCUUCAAGAUCCAAAAAGUGAAGUUUUCAGACCUCAAGUCCUUUCAGCGUAUUCUGGGUGAGGAGGAGGAUAAGCCUGCGCAGGUGGACCGGGCCAGCAGCCUUGGGACAGGACUUAACCUCUCUGUGCCGAUGGAAAGCCUGGAAAUUAUUUCUGACUCUGAGGAAGGAGAUGCAGUUGCUACUACAGUUCUUCCUGACUGGUUGAAAGAAGGGGAGUUCGUGACUGUGGGAACCAACAAGAGCGGCACCGUCCGUUAUGUUGGACCCACAGAUUUUGCAGAGGGUACCUGGGUGGGAGUGGAACUGGAGGUACCAGCAGGAAAGAAUGAUGGUUCAGUGGGUGGCAAGCACUACUUCCACUGUAACCCUGGUUACGGCGUGCUGGUAAAGCCAGACAGGGUGAGCCGGGGUGGCGCCAAGCGCCGUCGCCAACAGCAGCAGCAAAAGCGUCGUAGUGCCAACCUGUCUGGAUCCAGCCCGAACCUGGCAGCCCUUACCGCUCUGGCCAAAGGUGAAGGUGGUGCAGCAUCAACCAGUCGCAGCAGAGGAGAGAACCGCAAGUCAUGGAACACUUGAGAGGCUCAGUGCCUGCUAAAUGGCUAAUUGCUGGACACCCACCGAUUACCCACAUGCAGCAGCUGGUUGAUGUGAUUAUAGGUUAAGCUCUCACAAAGAGUGACAAUAUAGUGUUUAUUUGGGCAGAUUUCUUGGGACAAGAUGAGUCACUCCACGCUCCUCUGUUGGGAGAGGGGACUGUUUCACCCAUCAGAUAUUCACCUAAUGUACUUAGUAAUUGAAAAAUAUUGAAUGUUUUUUUGUUUUUAGCAUUUCUGCUUUAUUGUGUGAUAGUGAUAGCUGGAGAGAGACAGGAAAGGCAGGGGGGAGAGAAUGAGAGAGGGGAUGACAUGCAGCAAAGGGCCACGGGCUGAAGUUGAACCCGGGCUGUUGCGGUAAGGACUCAGCCUUGCUACAUAGGGCGUGCACUCUACCAAGUGAACUACCAGGGCACCCCGUAUUGAAUGUUUUUAUCAGAAAAUGUAUCAGUUUUUAGGUAUGUAGAUGCAAAUAACCAUUUACCUGUAAUUAAUUUUAAGUGGUGGAUGUCUCAUUUUGGAAUCGAUUUAUUCCAGUGACAUUAGAUUACAAUCAAAGGACUUUCAAUAUGUUAUGCCACUUGCCAGGCAAAAGUAUAUUUGCAUAUGGGGUUAAAUGUUGUCUAAAGUCCACUGGAUUACUGUACACUGUGAAAAAGCUUACGCAACACCUUCAUGUGCUCAUAUUUCUACUUUAGCUGCAUGCAGCUGCAUGUUUGGAUCGACUUCCAAGUGUCGUAAAUUGCUUUAUACCUAUUGGUAUUGUUUGAUUGGACUGUUUAUUAUUGUGGCUUGAAAUAUUAUGACUACCACUCAGCAAAUGUGCCUUAGUGAUACACCACCAAAUUCUGUGCUGCUGGUAGGUUGAACAAUGUUUAACUCGAGCUUGUUUUAGCUCUUGAAUGUGUUUUAGGAAAAAACUUGCACUCACUUUUCUGUUAAACUACUGAAUUUUUAUUUUUUAAAUCAGCUUCAUCUGCAUGCAAGUGUGUCAAGAUUGAUUGGAAGUGACUUCAUUUUAAUGAGAUUAUGUGUGGCAGUUUUUUUAGAAUGUCUUUUUUUCACUAGCAAGUUUUGCAUUCUACUGUGUGUAUGGGAACCUGUUGAUUUGUACAUAAGGAUACUUGAGGGAUUUUAUUGGUUGUAAUGCAUUUAGUAUUAAUUUCUUUUCAGGUAAAUAAGAUUUUAUACUUCUAUAUAUUCAAGUUGAUAAUUUUGACUGCCUGAAUGCAUAUUUAUUUAAAGAUAAAGACAUGAUAUUGAUAAUGAAAAGCAAAAUCAACUUUUUAUAUUGCUAAAUAAAUUUCAUUCUGCUCUCGUCAA